UUUUAAGUCAGAAACCUAAGCCAGAGGCAUGGAGGAACUUAAGUGUUUUCCGGAACACAUGAAUCACAAGGAUUGUAAAAGUGAACUGAAGAGAAAGUGGUGUGAGAGCCCAGUGGAGAAAUGAGCAUACAAGAGAAGCUCCCGCUGCUGCUGCUGCCACUACCUUCACUCCUGCUAUUCCUUUGCCCAAUAGCACCCACAGUGUCCUCAAAUAGAUAUACAACCACAUCACCAACAGAUAUGCCAGUGACAGACAUAAAUGAAAUUGGUGAAGAGAAGACCUCAGAAGAGAUUUCUGACACCAUGCAACUCCCAAGAUCUGGGAUUCUUGACAAGCCUGGGAUAUUGCUCUUGAUUCUGAGUCUCUUAAUUAUUUCAUUGGUGGGAGCUGUGUUUUUGGCUUGGAGAAUAAUGAGACAGAAGAAGGCUGAUGAGAAGUCCAUGGUGUUUCUGGACUCUAAUCAGCCAAACAAUGAACCUUGUUACUCGAAUCUGGAGCUACAGGAGAGACCCUCGAAUCAGGAUCCUCUUACCCAAAGCAAUCUAGACGUGGAAUUCAGCACUGUGAUUGAUUCUCAAAAACAGUCUGUUACAUAUGCCAUCUUAACUUUUCCCAUGGACAACCAGAGCACAGCUUUGGAGACACAGGAGUACCCAGUGGAGAAAACAGUGUAUACUACAAUAAUGAAGACAUAGGCUGCAACCCUCUGGCCUCCUGCACUGAAGGCCAGCCCUUUGGAUAAAAACAUAAAUAAACAUCUCUCUUUUUCCCAGG